UCGGCCCCGCUCCUUCUUCCCAUCGGCCUCGGCUUGCGGGCCUUUCAAACAUGGAGGAGCGCGAGCGGGGGGCGAGGUCGCCCGGCGCCGGGAGCCCCGCGCGCCCGCCCAGCCCGCGGCUGGAUGUCAAUUCUGACAGCUUCGACCCGCUGCUGGCCCUGUAUGCGCCCCGCCUGCCUCCCAUCCCCUACCCCAACGCGCCCUGCUUCAACAACGUAGCCGCUUACGAGAGUUUCCUCAGGACCGGGUGCCGGGGCGGUGGGCGCGGGCGGGCGCAGGGCGUCGCCCCAGUCUCGGGGGCCCCUGGCACCGCUGGGCCCUCGGGCAGGACCCGGCGCCGCCGGGACGCCCCCGUCCCGGACCCCGAGCGCAUACAGCGCCUCCGCCGCCUCAUGGUGACCAAAGAAGAGGGGGACGGGGCCGCCGGGGAGAGCCGGCGAGGUCCGGGCCGGAGCAGGAAGGCGCCGCGCAAUGUGCUCACGCGAAUGCCCUUGCACGAAGGCAGCCCUCUGGGUGAACUCCAUCGUUGUAUCCGGGAGGGGGUGAAGGUGAAUGUUCACAUCCGCACUUUCAAGGGUCUUCGGGGAGUGUGUACAGGCUUCCUCGUUGCAUUUGACAAGUUCUGGAAUAUGGCACUUACCGAUGUGGAUGAGACCUAUCGAAAGCCUGUUCUAGGCAAAGCAUAUGAGCGGGAUUCUUCAUUGACUCUCACGAGGCUCUUUGAUCGGCUAAAACUUCAAGAUUCCUCCAAGAAGGAAGCAGAUUCUAAGUCUGCAGUUGAAGACUCCACUCUGUCCAGAUACUCCCAGACAUCCACUUGGAAGGUGGCUUCAGUGUGGGGAAGAGGAGACACUGACCGGGGCACCCACAAGCAUUCCCGCUCCGCCCCUUCUUCCCUGCAGGCAUCUACAAGGGAGGAGUCCAGGUCAGAGCUGUCAGGGAGGACUCUGCAGACAGAGGGGUCUAGUGCGGGUGGUACCUUUUCCAGAGCUACCACCCUUUCCAGGGGCCAGCCCCGUAAGAAAAAGCGAAAGCCCAAGGUGGAUUACCAGCAGGUAUUCACUAGACAUAUAAAUCAGAUUUUCAUUCGAGGCGAGAAUGUCCUGCUGGUUCAUCUUGCACAGUGAUGUGCUCAGCCUCACUUGAGCUUUGGUUUUUAGAAAUAAAAUGCAUGACUCGCUGCUAUGCUGUAUCCUAGUAUCCCAGUGAAACCCUGAGUUGGAAUGAUUCCCUCUGGUGCUGCAUGUGCUGAGGAGAGAGCCAGGCUUGGGCUCUCUGGGAGAUGAACUCCCUCAAGGGGACACAGGCCCUGGGGAGGGUGGGUGUUCACAUUAAUAUCAAGGCAAAAGCUGCACAUGGGUACACACGUCUGAUUUGGUAUCAUGGUCUACAUCAGACACUCAAACCAAAUAUAAGGUCUUCCAUUGGAAUCAGGGAUCAUGGUAUGAAUUGAAUUCACUCCAUAGACUCAAUAGCGUGUGUGGGAAAACCCACCUGAAAAAGAACGAUCUCAUUUCUGAAAGCUAGUGCCCUCAGUACUCAUGAAUUUGAUUCAAAGAGCAGCAGCAUAAAUUGCCCUGGAGCCCUGCACCCACCUCUUGUAACUGACCAUUGAAUUUUGCUCUAUACCAUUAUCUCUUGUUCAAGAAAUGUAGUCUGUUAACUUCGGAUAGCUAUAAGAUCUAAGAAAGCUACCAACUUAUGCAAGGGUGCAAUUUGAAUAGUUGGUGUGCUCAAAGCAGCCAGCAAUAAAUGCCCUGUUUUCAUCCCUCAUUAUGUAAAGGAGUAUGGGACCUCAGUGGUCUUCCCCUUACCAGGGGUAGCUUCUGUGAAUGGCAUACCAGAUUGGGCUAUAAGGUGCUCGUGUGGUGGCUUCUUGUCCUUCUCUAACUUUGUGGCAUGGUGCUAGUGCAUGUACCUUGUGUAUUGCCCCUCUGUGAUCUGUCCUUGAGCUUUAUGGCUGGAGACUGACCUUCAUGUCUGGCUUCAGUGAGUUCUGCAUGAACUCCAUAACACACAUGCAUCACACAGCUGAGAGCCCUCUUUCCCGGCAGGGCUGGCCUUGUGUAGAAUAUCUUUCAGAAUGGUUUUAUUCUCUUGUGUCAGGCCAAAGAGGUUCCCAUAAACUACAGUGGAUGGUGGCUGUAAGGGACACACCUCACAGGCUGGCUUCAGUAACACGAACACCAUAGCACUCUCUAAUACUACUUGGAAUCAUAGUAUAUGCUUUUUCAGUCUCCAGUGCAGAAUUGGCUGUAUUUUGACACAGACUGUUAGUCAAUAUUGAUUUUUUUUGUUUUGUUAGUUUAUAUUUGGUUUUAUUUUAGAUAACUCUUGUUCAAAGUGAAUAAGAAACACCUAACUAGUUAAAAUGCUUGAAAAGAAAAAUUCCCCCUGCUGUAUUUGUUGUGUAACUUAGAUAAGCCUUCUGAGAGCAGGGUGAAUAAAGUUUAUGGAGCUAGGAUGCCUGGUCCUUCUAUUGGCUGGGUCACUGGCUCAUCAUAUAAUGAAAGGAGAGCAGACUUAACCCCUGUGUGCCUCAGUUUUUCCCCAUCAGACACCUACCUCACAGGAGCACUGAGACAAAGAAUUUUAGGAAGGCAUUUUAAAGUUUCUCAACGUAUUUAAGUGCCAUGAGUAAUUUUUACUAACUGCUUCAUAGUUUGGUAAAAACUCUGUCUUAGGAGCAAGGCAGGUGCUAUGUAAGAAAGUAAUCUCCAUGGGUGUCAUGAUUAUGAUCUUAUUGUAUGAGAAGGCAGUGAUAUCUUCAGGAACUAUUUUCCAUAUUCCGUUCCUUUCUCCUAAGGGGCAAUGGAAGUUUCAGAAGAUCUUCAGUGAGAGUAACAUUUCUUUGCAGCCCCCCUAUAUCCCAGCCCCCACUCUUCAGAUCAUUAUCAGAAAGAAUUCCCCUGAACUUUUCAGGGGUUUAUAUUGAUAGUACCAAAGGGAGAAGGAGCAUCUAAAAAUGACACAGCCCCAAAGGGGAAUUUGCGGAAAUUGUUUUGUGUUUAUUUUAAAAUGCAUUUUAAAUAUACUUUUUAGAGCCAGAGCAGAUGCACUAAACAAUUAGAGAGGUUCCGGGUCACAAACUUGAAAUCUGCCAAUCUAAUCUCUUCUAAAUAGUGUGUCUAAAAUCUCAGUUCCCCAAUUGUUAGUUAUCUUGUUUAAUCAUUAGGCACCCCUGCCUCUACCUCUUUACCAGUCUCCCGUUUGGCUGUCCCCAUCUGUUGGCCCUCUUGUUAGAAGCUGAAAUGGAUACUAGAUUUUUCCUGCUAAAGUAGAAAUUUGGAAUAAAAAGGAAUAAAUGAAUUUUCA